UUUAUCUUUGAAAGAAAAACGAAAAUCUCUUCAAUAAUAUGAAAUUAAGAUUCUUCUUCUGCAAUUAGGGUUCUUGUUCUUCAUUGGAUCCCAAAAAUGCAUCUACUGGAUCUCAUCUCAGUUCAAUCAAUACACCAAUACAUCUACACUGUUUCUCAACUCCCCACGCGAAUUUCCCAAACCCAAAUCCUUCCCGUUCUUCACGAAUCCCUUUGACAUAAUCGAAGAAGAUAUCAUCGUCUUCCCGGUCAUCGACGACGACAUUUACCAUCACCAUCGUUUUUCUCUUCACAAUCACCCCUUCUUUCUCAGUUCCAAUAUUCUCCAAUACGCAGAAGCCAAAACCCCCAAUUUUUUUCAUUGACAAAAAUCAGAAACGAUACACAUAUCCUAUCUGAUUAUUCAGCUGAAGCUGGGACUAGUGCAAGUGAGAAUUUUGAUAGUGUUGUUGUUGAUUAUGUUGAUCAUAGAGAAGGAGGGUAUUCUCCUAAGAUAGAGAUUGAUCCGGUUCUCGGGGUUGCGAGGCCGAACCGGGAUGAUGAGACUGAACUAGAUUUUGCGUCCAAGCAUGGAGUUAGAAGGAGUGAGAAAGAUAGGUUUUUGAGGUCAAACUAUGCCUUGAAUGGGAUAGUAGGGAACGAAAAUCAGAGGAGCAAAAAUGGGGUUGAACCUGUUUUGGAUUAUGGUGAUAAAAAAAAUUGAUUUAAGAGGGAAUGGUGAUACUAAUGGAGUGGUGAAUACUUGGACUUGGAGUCGCUGCGGUUGCUCCAAUGCCAGAGAAAAAGAAGGAAGAGGAAGGUGUAAAUAAAGGAGAUGUUAAGGUGAAUCUGUAUGCAGAAGGGGAGGAGCCUGUUGAUAAAGAAUGGCAGAGACCAUCUGGAAUGAAGAUACAAUAUCUUGUUAUGGCUGUGGUUUGACAUUGCCAUGCAAAACCAUGAAGAAGGUUAAGGAUUCAAGCUGUGCUCCUCAGUAUUAUUGUAAAUCUUGUGCAAAGUUACUUAAAUCGAAACAAUAUUGUGGCAUUUGCAAAAAGAUUUGGCACCAUUCAGAUGCUGGUGAUUGGGUUAGAUUUUACUUCUCAAUUUGGUGUCUGCUUGAUUUAAUUUAUGCUUAUUUCACAGACGAGGGGAAUUACAAAAAGCACUCUAUUAUUUUUUCAACCAUAUUAUAA